UGUGCCCAGCUAAUUGUUGUUGGCCAUGCGAAAAAAUGGAUUAAUUGUCGAUUUUUCAUAAUGAACCUUUUUGCUUUUGUUCUUGAGUAGUUUAUUAUGCAAAAGGAAGUGAAAGUUAAAUCCCGAAAAUCAAUUUCCUUGGUGAAAAUGGUCACUUUUUUACAAGACGGAGACUGGAAAAUUCAUGGCUCCUCGGAUCGCAGCCCGCCCGAGGACGGAGUCCGGAAGCGGAAGAGGUUCGUCCGGCCCAAGGCCAAGAGCCAGACAGACCUCACGAGCCGGUCGGAGGACGGAGAGGAGGAGGCGCCCCCCUCCCUGUCGCCCCAGCCCCCCGCCACAGUGCCCCCCUCUCCCUACAAGAAGAUCCUCGGCUUCAAGUCGGGCAAGAAGAUCCAGAACGUCAUCCACACGCUGAGGAAGUUCAAGAUCCGGCACCACAGCAGGGGGAAUGCCUCUGAAAGGGGCAAGACCGCCAUGCACAACAAACGCCUCUGCGCCAGCCAUCCGAACGUCUCGACGAGCGACCUCGCCGCCGUGGCGCGCAACGGACGCGCGACUGCCCGCGACGACUCGGACGUGUACGAGGGCGGCCCCGCCGCCGCCCUCUGCGACGGCGCCAGCUACUCCGACCCCACCAUCCACCGGGACUCGUCCGCCUCGUCCAGCCCCGCCCGCCAGCUGCGCGCCUUCGUGGCGGCGAGGACGGCGGCUGCGGCGAGGCCUGCCGACGUCGACGACGACGACAACAUGCGCGACAGCGGCAUCACGGUCGACGCGCCGGUGGCCUCGGCGACGGAAGAUGGCCUUAUAAAACAGAAACUUGUUGCCCUGCGUCAGCAUCCAUUUUUCCAAUUGGAAGUGCACCUUAGAUUUGGAAAGGAUCUUCAAGCUAGAGAUGCUUGUGGUACUAGUGAUCCUUAUGUUAAAUUCAAGAUCUGUGGCAAGCAGCUUUAUAAAAGUCGUACUGUUAACAGAACAUUGGAGCCAUACUGGGAUGAAUUUUUUACGAUUCCUGUUGAAGAUGUAUUUGAACCCUUGCACAUUAGAGUUUUCGAUUAUGAUUUUGCUUUCCAAGAUGAUUACAUGGGAGCCGCACAAAUUGAUCUUACACAGUUAGAAUUGAAUAGGCCUACAGACAUAGCAGUGACCCUCACAGAAUCCGGGAAACCAGAUGUAACAAGUCCAUCAUGGGGUCAGAUAUUCAUGACCUUAACACUAAUCCCAAAAACUCAGGAAGAAAAAGAGCAAUUUUUCAACAAAGGUUCUCUUUUACGGUUGGGUUUUAACUCUCCGUCUGCUAGUCCAGCUAUCAAAAGGCAGAAGACUCAGAUGUGGGAUUCUGUUGUUACCAUUGUUUUAGUUGAAGGUAAAAACCUAUUAGCCAUGGAUGAAAAUGGAACUAGUGAUCCCUAUGUCAAAUUUAAUUUAGGAAAUGAAAGGUAUAAGUCAAAGGUAAUGUUCAAAACUUUAGAUCCACAGUGGUUAGAACAGUUCAACCUUCAUAUGUAUGCAGACCAGCCAAAAGUCCUAGAAAUUUCAGUUUAUGAUAAAGAUUUUCAUGGAAAGGAUGAUUUUAUGGGAAGGUGUACAAUAGAUUUAAGUGGCUUUGAAGAAGAAAAAACGCAUUCAGUUUGGAAAGACCUUGAAGAUGGAGCAGGAUCGAUUUUUCUUCUCAUUACUAUCUCUGGUACUAUGGGGGCAGAAACGAUAUCUGACCUGACAUCUUAUACAUUUGAUACCAGCACACAGAGAGAAUUAAUGGCAAAAUAUAGUUUAAUGAAUACUAUGAAAGAUCCUUUUGAUAUUGGACAUUUAAUGGUUAAAGUUUUCAAAGCACAAGGCUUAGCAGCUGCCGACUUGUGUGGUAAAAGUGAUCCUUUUUGUGUUUUGGAACUUGUAAAUGCUAGGCUACAAACGCACACAGAAUAUAAGACUUUAACUCCAGAAUGGAAUAAGAUAUUUACUUUUCAAGUAACUGAUAUGCAUUCUGUGCUGGAAGUUACAGUGUAUGAUGAAGAUAGAGACAAACGAUGUGAAUUUUUAGGAAAAGUUGGCAUUCCUCUUUUAAAGGUUAGAAAUGGUGAAAAGAAGUGGUAUGUUUUAAAAGAUAAGAAAUUGAGGACAAGGACAAAAGGACAGAUCCUACUAGAAAUUAAUGUGUUUUACAAUCCUCUCAGAGCUAGUAUAGUAACUUUCACUCCUAAAGAAGCAAAAUAUAUGCAACAGGAACAAAAAUUCAAGAGAUCGAUAUUCGUAAAGAAUGUGAAUAGGGUAAAACUUAUGCUUUUUGGAGUCAUAGAAAUUAUUAGAUUUCUCAACAGCUGUUUUUUAUGGGAGUCGACUCUUCGCAGUAUUUCUUCAUUUGUUGUUUUCCUUGUGAUCACAUAUACCUUUGAAUUCUACAUGUUGCCAAUUGCAUUAUUAAUUCUUUAUGUCAAGAAUUAUGUCAUUUAUGCUCUUACAGGGAGGCAAAUUGCCAGUAGAGAUGAUGAAGAGAUAGAAGAAAUAGAUGAUGAUGAAGAUGAUGAUGACAAAGAAGAUAAAGGAGAAGAAAAAAAGUCGUUGAAAGAAAAGCUGCAAGCUGUGCAAGAUGCAACUGCAAUGAUUCAAAAUAUAUUAGGAGAAGUUGCUUCCUUCGGUGAAAGAUGUAAAAAUACCUUCAACUACUCUGUGCCAUUCCUCUCUUGGCUAGCAUUUCUUGUUCUGCUCUUAGCGACGAUAGUUUUAUAUUUCAUUCCUGUCCGUUAUCUUAUAAUGGCUUGGGGUAUCAACAAAUUUACAAAGAAACUACGAAAUCCUCAUGCAGUGCCUAACAAUGAAGUACUUGACUUCAUAUCUAGAGUGCCAGAUGAUGAAGAAAAAGUCAUGUAUCGGGAACUAAAGCCGAUGUUUGUCGACUUGACGGACAGUGAUAAGAAGAAAAAGAAGAAACGCAACUGAAUGCAACUGCCACUACUGAAACGAAUGAACUUACUAUGUGAAACGAAUCAACUAGGCCUUCUUUGAAUGAUAGAAUUGCCAAAGGAUUUAUUCAUCUUUUUCUAUGAUAUCUGCAUGCCAUCUGUGAUUUCAAAUCAAACUGUUUCUAGGCGUCAGGGAAGCAUUUAUUGCCAUGUUGCCAUUUAUCAAAGUCGUUGUCUGUUGGCAUUAGCAUUUCUUAAAUUGUGCGAUAUCAUUUGCUCAUUGGUGUUUCAUAUCCGAUAUUUUAACUAUGAUAUUCUAGUCAACUGUUAAAACUCCUGAUAUCUAGUCAAUCGAGUAGCCUUACAAAAUUGACUAGUUUUGAACUAUUUUUGUACUCUAUGAGGUAAAUCAUUCCAAUCAUUAUCGAGUGUUUGUUCGCAUUUUAAAGCGUGUUUUAUGCGUGGCAUAAGCGAGAUUCAAUUGCAUGCCUCGAAUUUUGUUCCGAUUUAAUUUGAGUUAUGCACGAAAUGUGAUUUUAAAGUGUACAGGAUUUUAGUUUUUUAAAUCAAAACUUAUCUUUGUAACACUUGCGUUUUUAUUUUAACUUGCAUGUGCCACAUUAAGAAGCUUAUGUAUAUAAUAAUCUUACUUUUAUCUCUAAGCAAUACAGUUUUAAUGAGAAUUUUAUUGCUUGAAAAAAGUUGACUUUAAAUAUGAAAUUAUAAAGCCUUAAUCUUGAAUCAAAUGAUUUUUUCCCAUUGUUCUCAUGUCUAUUUACUACUACUUAUGAAAUUUUAAUUUAAGGUUUUGUUGUAAAUGAACUGUUUUGUGCAGUUCCUGUUUCAUUGUCCUUUUAAAAUAUUUCUAUCAAUUU